UGUUCUUCUUAGGUGUGUUCUUUAAACUCAGAGUCUUGAUUCUCACGAAUCAAGAGAGGUUUAUCCUCAAUUUAUCACCCAACCUUGUCAUUGUACAUCAGGGACAUGACAAUUGGUAUCUAGAGCCGUUUCGAUCCGUGAGGGAUUAGAUGGCAAAGUUUAGUGAAGCUACACAACUUCAAGAGAUCUCUGAAAGUGCAAAUCAACACGAGUUGAAGCUUGUAGAAAUGAACAAGAAACUUGAUAAUAUUUUGACAAAGGAGUAUUUCCAGGAGCGGAUGGAAUUUUUUUUCAGGAGCAGACGGAAAAAAUUCUUCAAAUUUUUUGUACUAACCUUGAGAAAAUUGGUGGCGGCUCGUCAUCAGAAGCAAAAUCAAUUCCUACUUCUGUUCAUUUAGGUUUUUCUUCUACAGUUCUCAAUAGUGACGAAUCUUCAGAAUUAUAGCUGAUUCUUUCUUAUUUCUUUGAAGAAGACGAUGAUUCUUUCGAAUUCGAGUUAAUUCCUGAAUUUUUCUUUGCUGACGUAGAAGAUCAUGAUUCUCUCAAAUUCGAAUUGCUCAUUCCUUCGUUUUUCUUCGAUGAAGAGGCAGAUUUCCCUGAUGAGGUGAAUUUUCAACCUAAAGACGUUAUGAGUAAUGGGGGUGAUUGUGCUUUUCUCUUUGAUGAUUCUCAUAGCACAUUUGAUCGUGGUAAGUAUUUUGGAAACUUGAUUCUUAGCUCUGGGUUUAAAUCAUAUUAUGGGUUUCUAGAUUCGACCAUUAAUGUAUUUGCUAAUGAUACUGAAAUUCGAAAUGAUAGUAAAAUGUUUGUUAAAAUGCCCAAAAGAGAAUCUAGGAGUUUGAGCAGUGACAAAGAUGAUAUUCUCUUACAACUUAAACAUGGUAAGAUGAUUGUUAAAAUACUUUCAAUGGAUAAUGUAUAUUUUGAGCUCAAAUUUUUUUUCAACCUCAGACUGCCUACUGAAAUAUCUUCUCACGGUUGUUUCAAGUUUGUUAAUAAAGUAAUUGAUCGUGGAAAAAUAUUUCAACUUGUUGAGGAGUUAUCUUAUUUUUUUGACGAUUCUGAGGGAUAUCUCGAUAAAAAUACAUUUUGUGUGAUUGUUUUUCGUGGGUCAGUCUUACUGGAAGGGUCCAAUGGGUUUAUAUUUAGUAAAUUUCCUAAGAACGCAGCUUGGAAUUUCUGGAAUGUUGGAGUUGAUCAUCUGUUGCAGAUCAAAAUGGGAAAGGUAGGUUACAACUUCAUUGUGGAUGUAUAUAACUCUGUUCUUCUCGAUUCUGUCCGCAGUCUGUUUGAUCGUGGUAAAGAGACCAGCCUUCUUCUAGAGGUUUCUUAUUUGGCUGCUCUUGAUUCUAAGUUUGGGCAUCUAAUGAAGAUGAAAAUUGGUGGGAUUCAGAAUGCUUAUCAAAGAUUAUGUGGUUAUGAAUGCAUGCAACUCAGACUGUCUGAUCAAGGCCCUGGGAAGUGGGGAGAAGCAUUUUCUCUUAUGGAAAUGAAGUGUGGGUUGCUUGUGGGGAUUGCAGUUCAUUACUGUGCAUUAUUAUAUGUUCUUACACCUUGUUUAGCGAUUUUAAUAUGUGUGCCCUUCGAUACUUUCUUUAUAUUUUGUCAGGGGUUAGUCGAACUGCAAGUGGGAGCUCUAGUUCUUCCUGUAUGUGAGCAGUUAAAGGGGAUUUUGGCAUAUCAAGCGAAAGCAUAUUAUUGUUGGGCCAAAUUUUUUACAAGGAUCAUGAUAACUCAGGUCCUGUUCAUGGUGUUUCAUUUUCGAUAUUUGUGGAUGCUAAUGUGUGAGUUUAAGAAUGUUAAUGAGUUAUUUCAUCCAAUGCUUGAGAUGCGGGAAGAGGAAAAAAAAAAUUUCCAGCUGAAGUACGUGUUGCCUAAGGCGCUUUUGGUUUGUCAGUUUGAGUCUUGGGAAACUCAAGUACUGCAGGGGAUGUUUCAGACUCUUAAACUGUUGCUGUGGAUAGGUUACUUAAGGUGGAAGUUCAGAUUGGUUCCACCUUGGUCGUCGAGUGUGAAACAUGUUAGUGUUGAUAAGAGUUUUACAGUGGUGUGCUUUGACUUAAACUGGUUUUGAAACAAGUUGUUCUGUGAAGCUGAGGUCCAUAAUAAACUUGCAACAAUUAUUUGGAGAGAAGAAAGCUGGCACUUGUGCUCUGCGAUUAGAGAUUUAAGUACAACGAGUCAUAGCGGGACAAAAAUUCUUUUACGAAGGGGAGAAAAUCAUCUCAAAACUGUUAAAUCCAAUUUCCCAAUUAUGUUAUUGUUGGUGGUCUCGCUGGAGUGGAAAGGUACAACAAAUGGUGAUGCUCAGCUCAAUGGGGUGCUUCUGUGUAAUUCUGGUCAGGUUGAGACCUUUGAUGGCAAGACAGCAAGGUCAAUUUUCACUGAGUUCUCUGCUUCCACUCUUCUUAUAGAACUCACAAGUGAAGUCAAGAUUGGUUUUAAAGUGUGCACAGGGACAUUUAUUGGCCUUGCUAAAUUUCUGGAAUUCUCUAGUUCAUUUGUGUUUGAUAGAGGAAGAUAUUUUUCAAGUCAUGUGUGGGGUUUGGGGUACCAAUCAGUAAAGGGGAGUAUCUGGAAAGAAAUUAUGGUGCGAAAGGGAGUAAUUCAGGACAUACUUGUCAAUCAAUCCCAAGCAUGGUCUUCAGUGGCAAGUAUAUGUUGUGCUUUCAUUCGCAUAUGGGAUCCAGCAACCGCCGUAGGGAAUGUCCAUGAUGUAAUACAAGCUGAAAUUGGGGUGCAUUCCAAGUUGGCAACUGCUGCUUACAUUUGGCACGGUUAUACGAUGACGAUUAUGUUUAGUAGGGUAAUUCAUUUACAAUUGUGGAAAGUUGACUACAGACAACUAAGGGUCCCUUGUGCUAAUAACGACAAGAUAACAGUGCCACUAAGGACAGAGGUUGCAGUCUCCAUCAGGCUAGUUCCUCAAGGAAGGACUGGAACUUUUCAAGUAGACUACCGUAAUCACUGUGACAAAGAAGAGGACAUGCAAAUCCUUAGUUCUGCCUUAGCUGGAGUGAGCCACUUGGAUGGCGGGAAGUACAGACUAUUAGUGAUCCGCUACAGUUUAGACAGUGAGCAAGAGUUCUCGAUGCCAGCCAUUUCAUAUGCACCUGUGUUAUGUAUUUCAACAUCACGGUUCUUCUCACUGGAAUUUUUGUAGAGCAACUGUUACAGACGUCUGUACAGUAGGGCUGUAAAUGGAUACCCGAAUAUCCGCUAUCCGUUCGAGUUCGUUCGAAUCAUUCGGAUGUUAUCCGACUUAUCGGAUAUCGGUAUCGGUAACGGAUAAUCUUAUUGGAUAAUUACCUCUUAAUGAAACAAAUACGGUUGAGUUAGUAUCCGACGGAUAAUUAUCCGCAUCCGAUAGUGAGGGUAUAUAUGCAAUUUAGAUUUACCAUAUUGUAGUUUAGGGUUUUACUAAAAGAGAAAGAGUAGAGUCGUAGAUAUGAGUCUCAGAGCAGAUUUCUUCCACCGGCCACUGAAAACUUUUGAUUUUUUUCCAAUUCAUCAGCAUCUCCUCUUACAAAGCCAACCCAGGAUUGAAGUGAAGUUCUCUCCAACAAAGUUUUCUCUAUGGCACCAAUCUUUCAGAUAUUUGAGAAGGUGUAUUUACAAUAAGGUAUUCAAUCUUUCACUCGAAUCUCUUAAGUUAGGGUUUUGGAUUUUAUUGAAGUUGCGAUUUAGUGAUAAAGGAAGAAAUUAAAGAUUGGGUUUGGUGAUUUGAGGAUUAUACAUUGAUGUUUUGAACUAUAAUUAGUGAUAAAGUGAAGUUAGAUUUUAAAGAUAUGUUUUUAAGGAGGGGAUAGAAGAUAGAAGACGUAAUGGAAGUAGAAAAAAAGAAUUGGAGGAAGUCAUAGAUGUGUGAUAACUCACUGAUAAGAUCAACUGCCCAAGGACAAGGAAUUUCAACUUUUUAUAUAUUUGUUGUUGUUUUUUGAAUGAACAGCAGAACAGAUCCAUGUUUUUUCAGUUGUUCUUUACAUUUCUUUUUGUAAGAAAAAGAUCUGCAGACUGCAGUACUUGAAGUCUUUAUUCAAUAUUUCAACUGUUACCCAAAUUACUUCUUUAUUACUUACUUUUGAUUUAUUAUCGGAUU